UUUUUAAUCAUUGUGUUAACUAUAAAAAUGCGGAUAAAAAUGCGGAGUUUGCCAUCACCAAAUGAAGCAAGUUCAUCACAAAUAUGUACUACGUAUAUUCUUCUUUUCUAUUUUAAUGUUUACGUGUAUAUUUACAACUUUUUAACCAUUUUUAACUCAGUGGAAUCGAUUUUAUUUUUCUUUUCUUCCUUCUUUUUCCACUAUCUCCGGCUUCUUUAUUCAACAGCUUCUUUCUUCCGCCCUUUCCUUCUUUCCCUCUUCUCCCCUUUCCCUUCGACUCCCGCACCCUCUACCCCUUUCAUCAACUUUGACCAAUUUUAUUUUUUAAUACGGAGUAUGAAAUUAUUUUGAUUAUAAAAAAUUAUAUCAAAUUGUUCCUUGUUGAAAAUAUUUUCAUAAAAAAUUAUAUUUAUAACAAGUAUAAUAAUUAAAAUGAUUGUCUAAAGUUUACCAUCAUUGAUUAAAGUCAAUUUGGCGAACUUUUUUAAGAACAUAGGUAAUAAGUAAUUAUUAUUUCCUUGUCUCAUAGCACGUAGUACUUGUAUAUAUAUUUUCAGCAUGAAUGAAUAUGAAAAAUAAUUAGGGGGUAAUUUGGUGGUCUACAAAAAUUAAAAGGGACGUUAAAGAUGGUAGAAGAGUUGCAACCAACAAUAUGAACAUAGGCAGGCAGCCACGUAAAGGGAUGGAUGAUGUAUAAAUAUGCGGUGCCGAAACAUCAUUCUAUAGCUCUUCAUCCGCCGGCCAUCGACACCAGGUAAUUAAGUUACGUUGCUUCUCCGAUCCGAUCCGAUCCUUGCAUUAAUUUCUUCAAUUCGUGUGAUAUAUGGAGAAGAUGCAUAUGAAUAUGAUGGCCAAUAUAAUCUUUUAUACAUACUGUGUUCGAUCGGUUAUUGAUUGGAUAUUUGGAUGCGGCAUUUGUGCGUGCAGGUGGUGGACAGAAUGGGUGUAGAAGAUGGAGGCGGAAUGAGAAGGAGAAGGCUGUGGCGUUUGUGCACAAAGGACGACUUCCUCCCCGAGGAAUCCUUCAGGUCCUGGGGCAAUUACGUCAAUGCGCUCAAGCAAACUCCCUCCCGCUUUGCGGAACGGGUAUUCACCCGCUCCCACGACGGCGCAGAGCUGGCCGCCGCCUCCCGGAGCAACCACCAGAUGAAGAAGACUCUCUCCUGGUGGGACCUGCUGUGGUUCGGGAUGGGAGUCCUCAUCGGCGCCGGAAUAUUCGUCCUCACCGGCCUCGAGGCUCGGGAAGAUGCCGGCCCCGCCGUCGUCCUCUCCUACGCCGUCUCCGGUCUCUCUGCUUUGCUUUCCGCCUUUUGCUAUACGGAGUUCGCCGUUGAAAUCCCCGUUGCAGGUGGGUCAUUUGCAUACUUAAGGGUAGAACUUGGUGACUUUGUGGCCUUCAUCGCUGCCGGUAACAUCCUUCUCGAAUAUGUGAUUGGGGGAGCAGCGGUGGCUAGAUCAUGGACAUCUUACUUGGCCAGUCUCUGCAAUAAGGAGCCUAGUUCCUUCCUCAUAAAAGCUCAUGGUUUGGCAGAAGGCUAUGACAAGCUUGACCCCAUUGCAGUUGGCAUAUGCAUAGCCAUAUGUAUGGUUGCAGUGCACAGCACAAAGGGCUCCUCCCGCCUCAACUACAUUGCCUCCAUUGUCCAUAUAAUUGUGAUUUUAUUCAUCAUAGUGUGUGGACUAAUCAAGUCCAAUUACAAGAAUUAUACACCAUUUAUGCCAUUUGGUCCACGGGGGGUUUUCAAAGCAGCAGCAGUGUUGUUCUUCGCCUUU